AUGAUCCCCUUCAACCAACUAAACGCUCCCUAUCACUCAAUCCAAAACCCACUCUACGUCCGUGCAGCAACCCCACCACCAAAGCUAGCAACCACAUUAGAGACCCCAACCUCACUUAGUCUCUCCUGGACCGAAGAGCCAACCUCCCCCUCCUCAUCCACAUGCGCAUCUCCCAUAGCAAUGGAACACGCAUAUGCAAGGGUCGCACCCCCCAAGCGACCUAGCCCACCACAAGAGAACACCAACCCCGACCAAACAUCCAAGAAACAGCGCACUGAGCCCGCUGAGUACGCCGAUCUUCUGGAGCUGUAUAAGCUGAUUAAAAAGGAUGUCCAGGCCAAGUACUCUCUCCCAGGGGAGGAUACCACCUUAGCGCCCUGGGUUAGUGAGGCGAUGGUGCUGCUUGAUCAUGCGGAGAGAGAGGCUAUGGAACAUGGGGUUCAUGUUACGGCGUUGGAUGAGGAGAUUGAGAGAUUGCAGAAGUUGGUGGAGCAGAUGAGGAGGUCUUGUCCGCUUAAGUUGGCGGUUGGGUCCGUCAGGCGUAUGAUGUGGACUACUUAUUCUCAUGAUGUUGAGGGGAAGAAGAUUGUGGAGGAUAAGAUUAGCCUGCUUGGACGGGGAGCGGAGAGGGAGUAA